AUGUUGAUCAACGGGACUUUUGGUCUCCAGAAACAUCGUCGUACAUGCGUGCACACGCACGACAAACGUUCUUAUUGUUCUGUAGCCAGCGUACACCAACAACGCGCCUUGCCCGACUCCUCAGUCUGUGUUGCGACCUGGCUGUCCGAACAUCUUGGGCUGCUGCUGGAAUGGAGUGUAACGCGUCCUCACCACAUCCUGGGAAGUGAGCACCAAAAUCUUCGUAAUCAGCGUCAUAAUGUGAAAGUAUGA